AUGGCUCAGUCACAACAGCCUGUUCUUGUUCAGAGCGCGUCCCUCCAUGGAAAAGUUGCUCUCAUCACCGGAGCCGGGCGCGGCAUUGGUAGAGGAUGUGCCAUUGAGCUCGGCAAGCGUGGCUGCAGCGUCGUGGUAAACUAUGCCAACAGCAAGGAGUCCGCAGACGAAGUAUGUAAGAUCAUCGAAGACAGUGGUACCGGUGCCAAAGCCAUCAGCAUUCAGGCAGACGUCAGCAAAAAGGCAGAGAUUGAGCGACUAUUCGAGGAGACCAAGAAACAUUUUGGCAAAAUCGAUAUUGUAAUGAGCAACAGCGGGACCGAAUCCUGGGACAAGASCGAGGAGAUUAGUGAGGAAAAGUACGAUCAUGUCUUUAACCUGAACGCUCGCGCACAAUUCUUUGUGGGCCAGGCAGCGUGGAAGUAUCUGGAGGACAAUGGCAGAUUGAUCCUGAUGAGCUCCAUCGCGGCUGGGUUGUUGGGCGUCAAGGAUCAUGUCUUGUACAAUGCAUCGAAGAUGGCUGUGAUUGGAAUGAUCAAGGGCUUCGCGACAGACUUUGGUGCGAGGGGAAUCACAGUCAACGGUGUUGCUCCAGGGGGUAUCAAGUCGGACAUGUUCACCCAGAACGCAUGGCAUUACAUUCCAGGCGGUACUCCCGAGUGGCCAGCAGACAAGAUUGAGAACCUGAUGGCAGAGCACUGUCCGUUGAAGAGGUGCGCAACUCCAGAGGACGUUGCUCGCGUGGUAGCUUUCCUGUCCUCCGACGACGGUGGAUGGGUAAAUGGACAAGUCAUCACCAUCUCCGGUGGAUCUUCCCAGUAG